AUGUGUAUUUAUGAACUGUACAGUCGCCGUCAUCAACAUUACCAUUCUCAACGCAGUGCGCGCUCACAAGACAUCAAUCCGCCGCAUCAUCAUGCAGCCAUAUUAAACAACCGAGGCGACGCUGGAAGCAUUGAGAAGAGUGGCGGCCUACUGCGACCCUCAUCAACCUACUAUGAAUACGAGACAGUGCAACAUAAUGUGAGUCCAGCGGCAGCGGCAGCACAGCAUCAUCAACUACGUAGCGGUAGCCUGAAACAGAAUGGGCAUCACUCGCCGAUUACGGUGAAUGGUAUGCAACAGCAUCAGCAACAGAAACAGCACCAGCAAUACAACAGCAGCAAUAACCAACACCACCACCUCCCACAAAAACAACAACACCAGCAGGCGCAACAACAAUCAGGUCCGCCACCAGCGCAACCGCAUUGGAAGGCAGCCGCCUUAAAUGGCUUUUCGCCCGCCACGCUCAAUAGCAGUGCACGCAGCCGCGGCCCAUUUGUCACGCAUGUGACUAUACGCGAUCAGAGUUCGGCGGCGAUUGCCGCGCAACCCACAUACCAAACAGUACAGAAACAGCAGCCACAAUUCGCAAGUGCUGUCGUUAGCGGUGGCGCGCAGCCGCAUGCGUCGAAAGUGUGA